AUGUUUCCCCUCGUACCGACACUCGUGCUCGCCCUAGUCUCCUUCAUUUCCUCUGUCUUUGUAGUUCUUCGCAUUCUCCUUCCUAUACUUCCCCCACACCCCCUCAGCCGUCGCGUGCGCCCAUCCGAGUUCGGCCUGCCCAACUACCGCUCUCUUUCGGCCGCAGACAAGAGCCAUGUCUGGCUCGCGUUAUGCGAUGUCGUUGCCCUCGUGCUUAUUGUCGUCGAGGCCGUUAUGCAGUACAACGGCUCAGCCAGUGGCUUCCAGUCCGCGUCUGACGUUGGCUCGUCCAUUCGCCUUUGGAUUGCGUUCACCCUCCGCCAGACCUGCCUCGUCGUAGUCUCUGCGCUCACACUGGUUCAUGUUCGCCUCGGACAACCCGUUAACUUUGGUGCCCGCUACUGGAUGCUUUGGGCGCCGCUUGUCGUCCUUGCCGUUGCGUCCACCGGCAUUGCCGCCGUCAUUUCCGGCGCCGGCGUGCACACAUUCUUCUGGGGUGCCCUCGGCUACACCGCAAUCCUUGCCGUUGGCAGCACCAUUAGCUUUGGCUACCUCGUUCGCACGCUCGUUGUCAUCAAGCGCAACCUCGCAACCAUCGAGGAUGAUAGCUCGUGGCCUCCCGCCCGUGAGGUUGAGGAGAAGCCCCGCCCGUCGUUCGCCACAGAGGACGUUGACAGGCUCCGUGAUGGGUCCUCUUGGAUCACCUCCGCUGCCGGCUCUGACCGCGACUCGAUCUCAGCCUUCUCCUUCUCGACGCACAACACGCACGUUCAGCACCCGGCCAUUGCGUCUAACCCCUCCAUCCCGGCCAAGAACUCGUUCUGGUUCAACCCGGCGACGCCUGGCACCGGUGCACCCGUCGAGUCCGUUCCGCCCGUACCGGCGCUUCCGUCUCCCUACCGUGCCCGUCUCGGAGACGAGCACCCGGAUCCUUUCCGUCGCGCUGAGUCCCCCGUCGCUCAAGCACAUGCCCAGCGCCUUCGCAAUGGCAGCCAGACGUCGUGGUUGACCAGCACUGAUGGUACCCGUCGUACUCCUACUGCCUGGUCUUUCGCUUCGUCGCUCCCCGGCUCGCCCAAUCCCGAGCUUGAGGCCGCCGUUGCAUCAACCCAAGAUCUCAACUCGCACCUUCUUCGCGGCUCUUCGCGUCCGGUCACCCCUGCUCUCGCCAGCGCACAGGUUCUUGGCGGAUACGGCUACCAACCUAGUGCCAGCCACGACGCCGAGAAGGGCAUCAGCUCACUCGCAACGGAGUCUUCGCACGGCAUCGACGUUUCUUUCCUGCGCAUCGCGACCUGGCUUGCCAUGAUCUGGGCUCCAUUCGGUCUUGCUAUUCCUUACUUCCUCACGCUCAAUGCCAACCACCCGAACGCGAGCAUGGUUUCCUCCAUCUUGCUCAUCGUCAGCAUCACGAUCUCUGGUCCCCUGCUCAUGACCUCCAUCCUGCUCAAGCACGGUCUGCCUGUCCCUACCGGCCUCUUCGACUCCCGCAAGCCUUCGGUCUCCCCACUUGCGAGCACUCGUCCCUCAUCGCCCACAGAGACUCUCCAUGUCCCCACGCGUAGCGGCGAGUUUAAGCGCAGCGGCGAAUACAAACGCAGCGGCGAGUACAAGCGUAGCGCCAGUGUGACUGUCGUUGAUGGGAGCCGCUCCACCGACGUCUGGAUUGCAAAUGGCGAGGCUGUCGACGGUAAAUCGAAGGUCGGCCGCGCGCUUACCAUGCUCGCUCCGGCGCCUAAGCUAUCCGUUCUGCCACCCGAGGACAAUGGUGACGAUGUUGAGCCGCCCACUCCCAUCACGCCCCCACUUCCGAUUCAAGAUGCGCCUGCCACCGCUCCUGGAACUCCGACGACCGUUUCGAGCGUUGAGUUCGGUCGCUCCCGCGCGCGCACCAAGUCCACUACUAGCUCUGCGCGUAUGAGCGAGGACGAAAGCCUCGCGUUCCAGGCCCGCAUCAUGACCGCUCAGCGCCACUACUCUCAGCUUGCCAUGGCGGUCGUUAUGCCUCCUUCGCCCGAGCCCGAGAGGCGUCCGGACUCGAACCCGACGACACCGACUGAAGGCGCGAUGGCGACUGGUAUCGACAUGACCACGCCGCCGAACCGCGGCAACGCUCAUCUUCGCACCCGCUCGGCCACAUCGUGGUCCUCGCCGCAAUUCCCGACUUCGCCUGCCCCGAACUCACCGCUCCCCCCGACCCCGCCGAACCGCUUCGCACACCGUAAGACGCAAUCCACCAUGUCUGUGGGUCAAAGUGCCGGCGACUCUUCGGGUUACGAUUUCGGUUAUGUCGCUCGGGGCGAUGCCAAUGAGAUCGAUGCUCUGUCUGCCAAGGUCUUGCCCAUCCUCGUACCCGGCUUGACGGUCGGCACAGACAUGCGUGUCACCCCAGGCGACGCCAUCCCGAGCCCGAACUCUAUGUUGGGCCCUAUGCGUCGUCCAAGCCAGGCCAGCAAGCGUUCGAGCAAGAGCCGUUACUCUCAAGCCAGCGCGGCCCCCGAGUUCGGUGGGUACGCUAUCAGCGACAUCAGCGAGCCGCGCUUCCACAGCACCCCUCACCAACGCAAUGCGCCCGCGGCCACGAAUAAGUCUGCUGCUGAACGCAGGAAACAUCACUUCUCUCUUCCAAGCCUCGCCCUGGGCAAGGACGGUGCUCACGCUCUUGCCACCUGGGCCGCUACUACCAAGGGCGCUCUUGACGAUGCCUUGCACGGAGAUGACAAGCGCAAGACCGUCGCCAUCGCACCAUCGACCGCGGUCAUCCCCGCCUCUCCGGCAUACAGCCCCGCGAUCUCGCGCGCGCCAUCUACUUCACCGCCUGCCGUCGCUCUUCCCGCCGUCCCCGAGGCCGGCGACCGCAACUCCCUGGCGUUACUUCUCGAGGCGCUUGCGCCCGUCCCCGCUAUCCCCGUUUCAGCUUCCGGUUCUACGCUCGCGCUGAGCGCGACUGCUCCGCCACCGAGCGCCACAUCCGAGGUGACUCUUUUCGAUCUUGAAGGCAUUGCGCCACUCGCAGAGAGCACCCCUCCGGACUACCGCCGCCGCUCUGCCGGGCGUAGCAGCAUCACGUACAUCCGCUCGGACGACGCCACCGGUGCGCCCGCAGCGCAACGUCGUGGCUGGGGCAUGAAACCGUUGAAGAUCAGGGCCGACCGUGACAGGACGCCGGCUAUUGGAGGUGUUGAGCUUGAGAGCCAGUACGCCGCUCUGCCUAGUGCAGAGCCGGCUCGUGCAGGGCUGCGCCCGCUCUCGCUCCGCCCCACAAACGCCCUGUCAUCCGCGCGCGAGUUCGCGCUCGGUCAAAAGAACGGGAGCAGCAAAGGGAAGAAGUCACUUGGUGCGGCGUCGAUCGACAAGGAGAACGCCGUUGGUGUGUCUGAGGAUGGCACGCUCACGAAGAAAGGCUCUAAGGGCCUCCGUGGACUGAAGUUGGGUCUCGGCUCGAUGAACAGGUCGGACACCACCCGCGAGCGCGCUGCUCUUCGCGCACGCGAGUCACCGCCUGAGGUGCUCGUGCGCCCUCCGAGUGGAGUGAACUACCGGUGA